AGGAUGAGAGUCUGUGCUCCUCUCACUGUUGUCUUGGCUCUGAGUCUGAGCAGUGACUGUACAAGGAUGCACUACAGAUCUGGGGCAGGAAGAGGCUCAAGGCAUGGGUUCCCUCGCCCACAAGUGUUUACAGAGGAUGGACAUUUAUGCAAAUUUCCUUUCCGGUUUGGUGGAAGGUUUUAUCACACGUGUUUAUCAAAUUUAUUUUCCAGAAAGAAAUGGUGUUCAACAACACAUAACUUUGACCGGGACAGGAGGUGGGGACACUGCGAUUUGCUGCCCAGGGACCACUCAGAUCACUGCGCAGACAACCCCUGCCAAAAUGGAGGGACCUGUUCUCUCACUCACAGCCACAGGAUGUACCACUGUACCUGUCCUGAGGAAUUCACAGGCGAGGACUGUCAGCUGAAGAAAUGUUUUGACAACAGCCUCUAUGAAUUCUUUGAUGUGGAAGUGAGCUGGUCAAGAGUCCAAGGAGGAGCAGUGGAGCAGUGCACGUGUGUGCAUGGCCAGAUGCAGUGUGAGCGCGUGGAACACAAGAGUUGUGUUCAUAAUCCUUGCAUGAAUGGUGGAGAGUGCAAGAUGGUUGUCUCCACUGAGAAAAUAGUAUGUGAUUGCAAAGAAAAUUAUGCAGGAAAGUAUUGCAAUAUUGUCCCGAGCCAACGGUGCUACGUCGGCAAUGGCACGGAUUACAGAGGGACAGCCAACACAACCAUCUCUGGACACAGCUGCUUGCCUUGGAAUUCUGACCUGUUUUACCAAGAGCUUCAUGUUGACAGCAUUGGGAAAGCAGUGGAGCUUGGCCUGGGACCCUUCCCUUACUGCAGGAAUCCAGAUGAUGAUGAUAAGCCCUGGUGUUACAUCAUGAAGGACAGCAGUUUGUCUUGGGAAUAUUGUGACAUUCCAAGUUGUGCAAGCAGGGAAAGGAGGCCACUAGUUCCAGCCACAGUGGAUAGUUCUGCAAUCACCAAAAGACCAUGUGGAAGAAGACAUAAAAAAAGAAGUUUUGUGAGACCUAGGAUUGUUGGGGGAUCUUCAUCUCUGCCUGGAUCUCACCCCUGGACAGCAGCUAUAUAUAUUGGAGAGAGUUUCUGUGGUGGCAGCCUGGUUCAGACCUGCUGGGUUGUGUCAGCAGCACACUGCUUUGCUCACAGUCCACUAAAAUCCACCAUUCGAGUAGUUCUGGGUCAACAAAUAUUUAAUAAAACAACUGAUGUAACACAGACAUUUGAGAUAGAGAAAUACAUCUUGCAUCCUCAGUAUUCUGUGUUCAAUCCUACUGAACAUGAUAUUGCUUUGAUUAAGCUGAAGAAGAACGGCCAACGUUGUGCUGUCAAGUCCCAGUUUGUUCAGCCCAUCUGCCUGCCAGAAAGUAACACUGUUUUCCCUGACCAUUUGAAAUGUCAGAUUUCUGGAUGGGGACACAAGCAUGAGAAUAUAUCUGGUUAUUCAGAUGUCCUGCAAGAAACACUGGUUCCACUUAUUUCGGAGGAGAAGUGCAGAAGUCCUGAAAUUUAUGGAACAGAACUCACAGAAAAUAUGUUCUGUGCUGGCUACUUUGAUAGCAAAUCUGAUGCUUGUCAGGGAGAUUCUGGUGGACCUCUGGCUUGUGAGGAAAAUGACAUUUCUUACCUCUAUGGAAUUAUCAGCUGGGGAGAUGGCUGUGGCAGAGUCAACAAGCCUGGAGUAUACACAAGAGUGACAAACUAUGUCAAGUGGAUUAAUGAGAAAAUAGGCCCCCGAAAAACUAGCUGAAUAGUUAAAUGCACUAACAUUUGAAGCAG